CGAUAACUGAAUAUAUAAGAGGGCAAGCGCUGCUUAUGGGUAUCUUCUGGGUAUCUUUCGCCGCGUGCGUUAUAAUAGGAAAUACUACGGUGUAUAGCUCACUUGCGUGGAAUCAUUACGACUGGGUUAUUCCUCUUUAUCUGUCCUCUCCGCUUCCUUACUUGCAGCUAGUAGCAGCAAACCCAUUUCUUCUAAAUCGGAAUCAACUAUCUACAACAAUUGACAAAAUGGCAGACCAACUUACAGAAGAGCAGAUUGCUGAAUUCAAGGAGGCUUUUUCUUUGUUUGACAAGGAUGGUGAUGGUACAAUUACCACGAAGGAGUUGGGUACCGUCAUGAGAUCACUUGGUCAGAACCCUACCGAGGCUGAACUACAGGACAUGAUCAAUGAGGUCGAUGCUGAUGGCAAUGGAACGAUCGACUUCCCAGAGUUCCUUACGAUGAUGGCAAGGAAGAUGAAGGAGACUGACAGUGAAGAGGAGAUCAGAGAAGCUUUCAGGGUCUUCGACAAGGAUGGUAACGGUUACAUCAGUGCUGCAGAGUUACGUCACGUGAUGACGAACCUUGGUGAGAAGCUGACAGACGAAGAGGUGGAUGAGAUGAUCAGGGAAGCCGACAUCGAUGGUGAUGGUCAAGUUAAUUAUGAAGAAUUCGUCACCAUGAUGACAUCAAAGUGAGGUCGGCUAGAUAUGACGUCACUUCCGGCCGUUUGUCAACCAGCUCCAGCCGUGACAUCGGUGUUGCCAUUUUGUGGAGGGCUUUCAUCUUUGACUGACAAACUGAAUCACGAAAACAUUGAAAACUCAUCCCAAAUUCUAUUGCACUUUUAUUAACGGAAGAAACCACAAAUUAUCAAGAAACCUGUCACAAAUCUCCACGGUCUACACGGGAUUUCUCGUAAAAUUUUUAUAUACCAAAAUCACGGAGCUUGAUCUUGAGUGUGAACAGCGCCGAGAGCACAAACGUUGGCCCGAAGCAGACAUUGUAUAUAGACAAUCGACCGCGUUCACGUCUUCGUGAUUAUACAAAGUGACAGAAAUGUAUUAUACAUUGAGGACUCGUGUAAAUUUCUGUAUAAUAUUGUGCGUUCCAAUUGUUGUUAUGUGUUUUUUGUUUGUCAAAGAAUUCUAAUUUGUUGAUAAUAUACACAAAUGAAUGACGUUAAUGUUAGCAUUUACACUGAUUUUAUGAAGUUGAACAAUCAUAAACUUUUUUUAACAUAGGUCUCGUAUAUUGGAUAUUAAUUCUAUUUUAAUAUCAAUUUCCCAAGACUUUAUUCUUCGUAACAAAGUUAGACAAUGGUAAUUUUAUGAGCAAUCGAACAACAUUUACUACCAUCAUAGGGAAACAGACAAGGCCUUACUACAAAUGCUGGCAUCAGCUUCAAUACAGAAGCGUGAACUUAUUUAUUUGAAAGUGAUAGCAGGAAAUUAUAUCACGUAGACUAAUGUGCACCUUAUUAUACUCAUGAAAAUUACUCAUUCCAUGUUGUUAGUGAAACAAAAUGUCAUCAGUUUUUGAAUAAAAAAGGAAUGUUUGAAAUA